CCACACAAUCUAGCUUGUAGCGCUGCCAAUGAAGAUUUUUCACUUCCUCCUACCGAUCCUUCUCUACCAUGGAUUCCAAUUCGUGGCCUUCAGUGCUGCGGCCGAUGACCACUUCGUCUUCUCCGGCUUCCAAGGUGCCAACCUCAGCCUCGACGGCACGGCCACGGUCACGCAGGAAGGCCUCCUUGAGCUGACCAAUGGUGCCGUGCAGCUCAAAGGCCACGCCUUCUUCCCGGUUCCAUUCCGUCUCCGCCGGUGGCCCGGAGGCGCGGUGCAGUCCUUCUCCACCUCCUUCGCGUUCGGCAUCCUCACCACCUACCCCAACCUGAGCUGCCAUGGCAUCGCUUUCGUCAUCGCGCCGAGCAAGGAUUUCUCCACCGCUCUUGCGGCCCAGUACAUGGGCCUCGCCAACAUCGACAACAACGGCAACGCCAGCAACCACAUCUUCGCUGCUGAGCUCGACACCAUGCAGAACAUCGAGUUCGAGGACAUCGACAACAACCAUGUCGGUGUGAACAUCAACGGUCUUCGCUCCGUGCAGUCGCACGCUGCUGGCUACUACGGUACCAGCGAGAACAACAGCUUCCAGAGCAUGAGCCUCAUCAGCGGGGAUGUUAUGCGGGCGUGGCUGGAUUAUGACGGAGAGCUCGCACGGAUUGACGUCACCAUUGCUCCCAUCCAGAUGUCCAAACCAGCAAGGCCACUCGUCUCUGCCACGUACAACCUCUCCGACGUGCUAAUGGAGCAAGCGUACAUCGGCUUCUCUUCUGCGACCGGCCCGAUCAACUCCCGGCACUACAUUCUUGGCUGGAGCUUCGGCAUCAACAGACCAGCUCCGGCCAUCGACAUCGCCAACCUGCCGAAGCUGCCUCGUCUUGGCUCCAAGCCAAGAUCCAAGGUCCAGGAAAUCUUGACACCAGUUGCUGUUGCAGCAUUCCUCCUUGCUCUGGGCAUGGGCGUGGUUCUACUUGUACGAAAGAGAUUGAGGUAUGCUGAGCUAAGAGAAGAUUGGGAGGUCCAGUUUGGACCACAUCGGUUCUGCUACAAGGAUUUGUUCCAUGCGACCGAUGGAUUCGACGACAGGCACCUACUCGGCGCAGGUGGGUUCGGCAGGGUGUAUAGAGGAGUGCUUCCGACAUCCAGAUUGGAGGUUGCUGUGAAGAGGGUGUCCCACGAGUCGAGGCAGGGCAUGAAGGAGUUUGUCGCUGAGGUUGUCAGUAUCGGCCACAUCCGACACCGUAACCUCGUGCAGUUACUUGGUUACUGCCGGAGAAAAGGAGAACUUCUUUUGGUGUACAGCUACAUGCCAAAUGGAAGCCUUGAUAAAUAUCUGCAUUACGAAGGACAAAAGCCAGUACUGAACUGGGAGCAUAGGUUUCAGAUCAUCAAAGGCAUUGCAUCUGGGUUGCUGUACCUUCAUGACAAGUGGGAGAAAAUUGUCAUUCACCGGGACAUCAAGGCAAGCAACGUGCUCCUCGACGAAGAAAUGAACGGGCGGCUCGGUGAUUUCGGCCUCUCAAGGCUGUACGACCAUGGCACCGACCCCCAAACCACACAUAUGGUUGGCACCAUGGGUUACAUGGCCCCGGAGCUAGUGCGCACGGGCAAGGCGUCACCUCCUACAGAUGUGUUUGCUUUCGGGACGUUCCUCCUCGAGGUUACAUGUGGACUAAGGCCUAUCAGGGAAGACUCACAAGGCGACCAGUUUCUGUUGGUUGACUGGGCGCUGGAGCAUUGGCAUGGCGGGACGCUCCUCAAGACGGUGGAUCCAAGGUUGCAAGGUGACUACGACGUCGACGAGGUGUCCCUUGUGCUGAAGCUUGGGCUUUUGUGCUCCCACCCUUACAACAAUGCAAGGCCAAGAAUGCAACAUGUCAUGGAGUAUCUCGAUGGAGACAUGCCUAUCCCGGAGUUGGCGCCGGCGCAUCUGAGCUUCAAUAUGAUGGCCCUACUGAAAAACAAAGGCUUUGACCCGCAUAUAAUGGCAUCGGCACCAUCGUCAGUGGUUAGCAUCGGCGCUAUAUCUGAUCUAUCAGGAGGAAGGUGAUGAAAUGACAUGUAUCAUGUCCUGUACUUCAUUGGCCCAUUUUGUUAGCUCUUAUAUAAAUGUGAGUCUGUUACAAGUAAAAUUAGGACUAAGUAGUAAAUCAGAUAAAUGGUUGCUGCAAAUGCUACUGCCACAUGGAUUGGUUG